AUGUGGCUCUGUGAAGCAGGCGUGGCGGGUGUGGCUGGUGCGAGGAGUGGAAGAACUUUGAUCCACCUUGAGCUCCCCGCCGCUGCCAAUCCGAAUUGUUUCCAAGCCAAGCUCAGUCGAAAAGCUGCCUUGGGACAUACAUCUAUACACCGUCCAGCCCACGAAAACCGCCGCCCGACCACGAAGCCCGACUCCCUUCUGCUCCCGACCAACCGACACCCAUCCGUACUAUCCUCUCCGACCGGCCAAUAUCCCUAUCCCGCGACCAUGACGUCCACAAUCGGCAUCCCCAUCAAGCUCCUGAACGAGGCGCAAGGGCACAUCGUGACGCUGGAGAUAACAUCCGGCCAGACAUACCGCGGCAAGCUGCUAGAAGCCGAGGACAACAUGAAUGUGCAGCUCAAGGACAUCACGGUGACGGCGCGCGACGGACGAGUCAGCCAUCUUGACCAGGUCUACAUCCGCGGCAGCCACGUGCGGUUCUUUAUCGUGCCCGACAUGUUGAAGAACGCGCCCAUGUUCCGCAGUCGCAACGCCCGAGGUCGCGGGGUCGGUCUGGCGAGAGGACGAGCCACAGUCAGCAGAGCGCGGGCAAGCGGACGCGGCGGACGGCCUUAG